UAGAGAUUUUCUCCCUAUAACUACGAUUGACGAAAUUUGUACAUUGAUUGAAUAAUAGCUAUUAAACAUGAAUUAAAAAUGAAUGUAUCCCAUACCUGUCAAUUUUGUGAGUGCAAAUCGGCAGACAACCAAUUUGGUUCUGCCGAAGCACCGUUACUUCAUACCACAUUUUCACUUUCAAAAAUGCAUACAUUUGACGAAUUGGAGGAAAAACCACCUGCUCCACCAGUGAGACUGACAAGUACUAGGGAUCCAGUUCAGUCUGUUGACUUGAAACCUCUUCCAAAAGAACCAGAAAAUGACAAGUGGAAACUGAAAAUUAAGUCAUCUAAAAGUGCGAAAGAAAAGAAAAAGGACCCAGAUAAGUUGGUUAUUUCGCCACCUCUGAACUUUGAACAUACUUUACAUGUUGGAUUUGAUCCAGAUACUGGAGAAUUCACCGGUUUACCAGAGACUUGGUCUAUGCUGCUGAAAAAUUCCAAUAUUUCAAAAUUGGAGCAGAAAGAAAACCCCCAAGCUGUAUUAGAUGUCUUAAAUUGGUAUGAUGCUUCCACCAAAGAAACUGAAGAUUCUAAGUACAUGACAAUAAAUAAAACUUUAGAUCCUUCUGUAGGAAUAAGUUAUUUUAGUGACCCAGGAUCUUGCAACACUUUAUUGAACCAUCUGCCUACUUCUCAGUCAAAGACUGAUGUGGUACACAUGAAACACGUCGAGAAAGAUUCACUGGAAGAAGUAUCGUUAUGUUCAUCCACUUCUGAUAAUACAAACACCAUUUAUGUGAACCCCUUGGAAGAAGACUUUGUGCAAAGCUCAGCCGAACAAGAUCCAGAUCCUCAGUAUGCAGAAAUAAAUCUUUCGAAUAACAAUAAUAAUAAUGUUUCAAAGCUUAAGAAGAAAAAAAUAUCAGAUGAAGAGGUCAUUGAGAAACUAAAAAGUAUUGUCUCUGCAAAUGACCCGAACAAACGGUACAUUAAACUGGAAAAAAUUGGGCAAGGAGCAUCUGGAACUGUUUACACUGCAAAGGAAAAAAGUACUGGAUUAGAAGUUGCAAUAAAACAGAUGAACUUAGCAAAUCAACCCAAAAAGGAAUUGAUCAUCAAUGAAAUUUUAGUAAUGCGUGAAAAAAAGCACCCUAACAUUGUGAACUAUCUAGAUAGUUAUUUGGUUGAUGAUGAACUCUGGGUUGUUAUGGAAUAUUUACCUGGGGGAUCUCUUACUGAUGUAGUUACAGAAACAUGCAUGGAUGAAGGUCAAAUAUCUGCUGUUUGUCAAGAGGUUUUAAAAGCUUUAGAAUUCUUGCACAAAAAUCAAGUCAUCCAUAGGGACAUCAAGAGUGACAAUGUUUUACUUGGAAUGGACGGCAGAGUGAAACUGACUGAUUUUGGGUUUUGUGCUCAAAUAUCUCCGGAACAGAGCAAAAGGAACACAAUGGUCGGAACGCCAUACUGGAUGGCACCCGAAGUGGUGACAAAGAAGCAGUACGGCCCAAAAGUGGACAUUUGGUCGUUGGGCAUCAUGGCUAUUGAAAUGAUUGAAGGAGAGCCACCAUAUCUCAACGAGAAUCCGUUAAGAGCAUUGUACUUAAUUGCUACUAAUGGACGACCUGAUAUCAAGGACAAAGAGAAAUUGUCUUCAACUUUUCAGGAUUUUUUAGACAAGUGCCUGGAAGUAGAUGUAGAUAAAAGAUACUCUGCAUCUUCCCUCUUGAAGCAUCCUUUCCUGAAGCUUGCUCAACCACUUGACAGUCUUCAUCCUUUGAUAGUAGCUGCCAAAGAAGCCUUAAAGGGACACUUCGACGGCCCUUACUCAUAACUACCAAAGUCACAAGGCAUGAAAUGAUUAUUGUUAUUCUGCUCAAAAUCAAGUAUCACAUUUUGGCACAAUUUUAACUUAAAGACAGAAACUUCGUGUGGUCAUGUAGAGCA